CUCCACUUCCCAGGCCUCAGAGACCUUUGGCCAACUCUAUUGAUCUGGACUCCUGCGUAGGCAGGUGGACAGACGGACAGACGCCAUGAGGGCUCUGCUGCUCCUGGGGUCCCUGGUGGUGAUCCUGGAACCAGCGCUUAUGACCCCACGUUGGAAAGACCUCAAGGUGCCUAAGCCGGUAGAAGAUGGACACACAGUGGUUCUCACUGUCACUGGGGAGCCCUGCUACUUCCCUUUCCAGUACCGCCGGCAGCUGUAUCACCAGUGCACCCGCAGGGGCCGAAUUGGCCUCCGGCCCUGGUGUGCCACUACCCCCAACUUUGACCAGGACCAACGAUGGGGAUACUGCCUGAAGCCCCAGAAAGUGCAAGACCACUGCAGCACACACAACCCCUGCCAGCGGGGCGGCACCUGUGUAAACAUGCCAGACGGCCCUCGCUGCAUCUGUCCAGAACACUUCACGGGGAAGCACUGCCAGAGAGAGAAGUGCUUCGAGCCCCAGCUUCUCCAGUUCUUCCACGAGAAUGAAACAUGGCAUAGGCUUGAGCCGGCAGGCGUGGCCGAGUGCCAGUGCCAAGGCCCCCAAGCCCACUGCAAGCCCCUGGCCAGCCGGGUCUGCAGCAACAACCCAUGCCUCCACGGCGGCCGCUGCCUCGAGGCGGAGGGUCGCCGUCUGUGCAGUUGUCCCGAGGGCUACGCGGGACGCUUCUGCGACGUGGACAAAGAGGCCAACUGCUACGAGGGCCUUGGGUUCGGCUACCGAGGCGCUGCUGGGACCACGAUCUCGGGCGCGCGGUGUCAGUCUUGGUCGUCGGAGAUCACUUACCAGAACCUCACUACAGAGCAAGCACUGAAUAGGGGACUGGGCCACCAUGCCUUCUGCCGGAACCCAGACAAUGACACCCAGCCGUGGUGUUUCGUGUGGAGCGGCAACCGGCUGAGCUGGGAAUAUUGCGACCUAGCACGAUGCCAAACCCCAACCCUAGCAGCGCCCCAGACCCAGUCUCCAUCACGGGGACCCCUUAUGCGUCUGGAGCCCCCCCUACCCUCGCGUUCAGCAUGGCCAGAGCCUCAGGUCACGACCCAGACCCCAGGUAACUGGGAAGGGGCAGGAAGACCAAACAGAGAGCGCACGGGGCGAGCUACGUUACAGCCACUCGUGGGUUUCCCUGUCCUCAACCUGGGCUCCUCCACAGCCUUGGGCGCGUUGCCGGAGCUGCCCCCCGUGCUCUGGGAGGAGAUGCCGGAGCUGCCCCUCAAGGGCGGAGCCGGCCCGGCCACCUGCGGACAGAGGCUCCGGAAAGGGCUGUUCUUCCGGAAACGCGUCGUCGGGGGACUAGUGGCGCUGCCCGGCGCGCACCCCUACAUCGCCGCGCUGUACUGGGGCCACAGUUUCUGCGCCGGCAGCCUCAUCGCCCCUUGCUGGGUGCUGACCGCAGCUCACUGCCUGCAGAACCGGCCGGCGCCGGAGGAGCUGAUUGUGGUGCUGGGCCAGGAGCGCCACAACCAGAGCUGUGCGCAGUGCCAGGUCCUGGCCGUGCGCGCCUACCACCUGCACGAGGACUUCUCACCCGUCACCUACCAGCACGACCUGGCGUUGCUGCGCCUGCAGGAGAGCCAGGACGGCCGCUGCGCGCGCCCGUCGCCUGCCGUGGGGCCCGUUUGCCUGCCGAGCGGCGCCGCUCGCCCCGCCCAGCCCGAGGCCGCGCUCUGCGAGGUAGCCGGCUGGGGCCACCAAUUCGAGGGGGCGGAGGAAUAUGCCAGCUUUCUGCAGGAGGCGCAGGUGCCGCUGAUCCCUCAAGAGCACUGCUCGGAUCCUGAUAUGCACGGCAACGCCUUCUACCCCGGCAUGCUCUGCGCUGGUUUUCCCGAGGGGGGCACCGACGCGUGCCAGGGUGACUCCGGGGGUCCGUUGGUGUGUGAGGAGGACGAAGGGCGUCGGCUCACCCUGCGAGGCAUCAUCAGCUGGGGCUCGGGCUGUGGCGACCGUAACAAGCCGGGUGUGUACACCGAUGUGGCCAACUACCUGACUUGGAUCCGUGAGCACAUGGCUUCCUGACCGCCCAGGAACUCCUCUUUUCCUCCUCGGUGGUUCUGGAAUGGGAGGAUGGCUGGGCCCGAUCCUGGACCGCAAGGAUGUGUUCCAGCGCCGUCAGUCCGUCAGUCCGGCCCCAGGCACGGAGUAAACACUCAAUAAAGUGCUUUGGAAAUGCU